AUGGCCUCCUCUCAUCCAGACAUCUCCCAGACCAGUCCCCGCCGCUCCAACUUCACCGAAACAACCUCCAAACCGAUCAUCGUGAUCGUGAGCCCGACCACCCCAGCAGUCUCAGACAACAGUGACUCGCUAUCAUCCUCUCCAUCCUCCCAGCCGCUUUCCUCUCCACCCCCGGUCCGCCGCUCAUCAUACACCUCCCUACUGGCCAAGAUCGCUCGAGAUGCACACCUCCUAACAGUCACCUCGCUCGACACCCUCGAAGAGAUCCUGGUCCAGUACGGUCCCAGAAUCGCUGGCUUCAUCAUCUCCUCAGCCGCCAUCCUCCAUCCUAUCCACCAUGCACUCGCCAUCCGUUUGGCUGACCUCGCGCACAACAACUCCCAAAGCGAAGAAGGCGAGGAACCAGGGAGAAGAAUCUACACGAUCAUCUUCGCCCUCUCCUUCCCCAGCACUGCCAUCUCCACCCCCAUCCUCUUCCACUCCUUCAUGCGCAACAUCUUCCACCUCCCCUGGCGCCUUAGCGGGAUGACGAACCAAAAAGUCAAAACCAAGCUGCGCGCCUCCGUGCUCCGGAAACUCGGGCAACGGGUCUACCGCGUCAGAUACUGCUUCCGCAGCGUGUUUUUGCGGAAUGUUAAGUUGGCGGAUAAGGUUGUUGUUGCUACGGGGGAGUUUCCAAUUGGGGGGCAGAGGGUUACUUCUUCUACUUCGGCUACUACUGGUAUGGGUAUGGGUGUUGAUGGUGCUUUUUGGGUGAGGGAUGGAAGUGGGGAUUUUGAUGAGAAUUCAGAUGAAGAUGCGACUGGCAUCGAGACGGCGAGUACGGACGAGGAGAUGGAGGAGGAUUGGCAGAGUGAAGAGAGUGAGGGAACUGCUGUGGGGGGUGAUUUUGGGGAUGGGUAUUCGUUUGCCGGGGAGGAGAUGGAGUAUUUUCAGGGCGUUCCUACUGAUCUCGUUGGGGAAGGGGGUGGGGAUGAGUCGAUGCAGAUGGACGAGGACGCCGGAUUCCUGGCUGACGUGGAGGAUAACGAGGUGGAUGUGCUGGAUGUUCAUCCUAUCGUCACUACUACCUUGGUUGUUGGCAACAAUGUCAACAUGAACGACGGUACCCAUCAUGACGACGCCGUCUCCGACAACAGCACCUUCUUCAGCCCAGAUUCUCUCCUCACUCACAGUCCUGCUGCUACCGUCUCCACGCCCGCUACUACAACCAUGGGAUCAUCUUUUGAGGAGGAGGGCGGCGGCGACGAUGAUGACGAUGACGAAGAAGCUGGCGUCGCACUUGCAGGCAUCAUCAUCCCAACCAUCGAAGGAGAAGACUCCGCCUCCGAAACCGAGGACUUGGACCUGGACAUGAACCUCUCCACCGCUCACAUGCACGCACACAUGAUCAACCACAACCACCACCACAACAACCACAACGUCAACAACGCAUCUCUCAACCUCAUCCAAGCAGCUCAUCACGCCCUCACCACCGCCGCGGAUGACUCAGACGACGGAAACCUCACCCCACCACCCCCCCUCCAUCCAACCGACUGGGUCUCUUCCGACGACGAAGGCACCAGCGUGGACCUCUGCUGCGCAGACAGCCCGAUCGUGAUCCACGAGUUUAAGCGGACUGUUGUGCGCGACGGCGUUUCGGAGAAGAUGCCGAGUGGGUACGUCGGGUUCGUGGGCCAUGUGGAUGAUAGUCGGUCGAUGAGUACGUUGAUUCUGGGGAUGUGUGCGGUUCCGAAGUUUGUGGAGAAUUGA